GACUGGAGCCUCUGGAGCACAGAGCUGGAGCUUUUUUCACUUUGACACCAGUGACUGAGAGGACUGUCGGAGAUGACUGGAGCGUCACUUCAGGAACAGCAUCCCUCCAAUCUGGGAACUUUUCUCUGCCCUGAAAGCUUAAGAGUUACCCGGAGAGUUUGAUCCAAGAGGCACAAAUAUUGGAUUUUUGCUUUGGCUGGGAGUUAGGCACACCAAAAAGAGGAUCAGUUGCAGCCUUGUUGGAUAAAAAAAAAAACACAUCAACAACUAAACUGCAGGAUGAAGACUCAUCUCCUCUGCUUGGAGCUACUCCUCUUGGCGGGUCACGUUCUUCUGGCCAGUGGGCAGCUGGAGUUAAAGAAGCAAGCGCCCCAGGAUGUUCUGGCUGUUACCCAGAGACCUGGGCUUGUAGAGAGAGAUGUGCAGGGUCUGGUGAGGCCCAACAUCACCAUGCCCCGCCGCUGGCUACCUCCCAUGUGCACAGGGCCCACGGAAAUCCGAGACACCUUCAAGUACAUCAACACGGUGGUGUCCUGCCUGGUGUUUGUUGUGGGCAUCAUAGGCAAUUCCACUCUGCUGAGAAUCAUCUAUAAGAAUAAGUGCAUGCGUAACGGGCCGAACAUCCUGAUAGGCAGCCUGGCACUCGGAGACCUGCUACACAUCAUCAUCGGCAUUCCCAUCAAUGUUUACAAGCUCCUGGCAGAGGACUGGCCUUUCGGAGUCGCUCUUUGCAAGAUGGUGCCUUUUGUCCAAAAAGCCUCGGUGGGGAUCACAGUGCUGAGUCUGUGUGCUUUGAGUAUUGACAGGUAUCGCGCCGUGGCCUCCUGGAGCCGCAUCAAAGGGAUCGGCGUUCCAAAGUGGAUGGCUAUUGAAAUAGCGCUCAUCUGGAUACUAUCCAUCAUCCUGGCUGUGCCAGAGGCAAUAGCUUUCGACAUGAUCACCAUGGACUACAAGGGAGAACACUUGAGGAUCUGUCUGCUGCACCCCAUGCAAAAAAACGACUUUAUGAGGUUUUAUAAAUCAGCGAAGGACUGGUGGCUGUUCAGUGCAUACUUCUGCCUGCCGUUGGUCUGCACUGCUAUUUUCUACACCCUGAUGACCUGUGAGAUGCUGAGGAAGAAGAAUGGAGUCCAGAUUGCUCUCAGUGACCACCUCAAACAGCGAAGGGAGGUUGCUAAGACAGUGUUCUGCCUGGUUCUGGUCUUCGCUCUGUGCUGGCUGCCUCUCCACCUCAGCCGUAUCCUGAAGCUCACCAUCUACGACGAGAAAGAUCCAAACCGCUGCGAACUGCUCAGUUUCUUUUUGGUGUUGGACUACAUUGGCAUCAACAUGGCAUCUAUCAACUCCUGCAUCAACCCAAUCGCCCUCUACGUGGUCAGCAAGCGCUUCAAGAACUGCUUCAGGUCCUGCCUGUGCUGCUGGUGCCUACCGGCUGAGAUGUUGAUGGAUGAGAAGCAGUCGUGCAUGAAGCUGAAAGUCACAGAACGAGCCUCCGACCAGAGCAACUCCCGCAUGACCAACAAGUCCACUACAGCCUGAGGAGGGUUGUAGAGUAAGACAGGAGUAGAUAUGACAACAACAAAAAACUAAAAUAUUGAAGUGUGGAUGACUGACCGAGGGUACGUGCUUUAUUUUGUCUCAUCUACAGCAUCAUAUGAUGUCUCCAUCAAUUUUAACAGCCGUGCUUUGGGAAAUCCGUGAGAUGAAACCCCCUUUUACCUAAAACUCUUUUUAGACUAGACCCCUGUGCACUUUCCCUGUCCAAGAAGAAAUUACUUCCAACACUGUAUUCUUGGAUAACAAGAGUGACAUGUGUGUUAAGCAGAAAAACUGGCGUUCAAAAUACUAUAUUUCGAGGACUAAGCAGGGGCAAAGUGUAUUAUAAAAUUGGGGGUCAAGGGUCCAUUAGCAAAGACAGCUCAUCAGGCUCUCAGUCUCGAUGGUGAAUGUUAUUUUGAAGAUAUGAAUCUCGCAAUAAGCUCUGCAUUGUACGGACUGUGAGGCUGUGUUACGUGUUUCUACCACACACUGCAGCAGCUUGGAAGAGAUUUAACAGUGAAUCCAAUAACCUUGUUUGAGAUUUGUUUACCUUAUUUUGUAACAUAUUUCUUUGCAUAUAUGUAUGUUUUGUGAAUUUUGCAUGCUUUAUUGCUUGUUACAUUACAAUGACGUCUCUUUGUCAUUUUCCGACUAGUUACUGAACUACUGAUGUUUUCAAUCUGUGAAAUUUCAGCUGUGUUACCAUUCAGCUUUUGUAUUAUACUGUUCAAUAUUGGGCCUGUUCUUAAGGCUUCCGUGCGUUUCGCAAGUGUAUUUGCUCCCCACUAUCUUAAUCUGACUCCUUACUUUAGCUGGUAUGACAAGAG